AUGUUCCACUCAAGAAAGACGCUGGACCUCAGACUGAAGGUAGUGGAGCUGCCAGUUAUCAAGCUGUCUUUGCGACGAAGCAACGCAAUCCGCUGGACCAACAGCUUACUGUUGGCGAGGCUUGGAAUCAAGCGAGACCCAGUAUCCCGUCUGCCUAUCCUGGACCCGGGACAUGCUUCUGGCUUUCAGCCAUUUGCUUUGAGACCUUGGCAGGCAACAGGUGUACAGUGGAUGUUCUCUCAAGAGUCGGAGCUGAUUCGAGGAGGAAUUGUCGCUGACGCUUGCGGCAUGGGGAAGACCCCAACGGCUUUGACGUUGAUCUUUCUCGACGCCAAGCGUCGGAGUGAAGACCCAAAUGCCGUUUUCCGACCAAACCUGAUUGUCGUUCCUAGCAUGAUAUUCUAUGUCUGGUUUGAUGAGAUCAAGUCACGGUUUGGCGACGCCAUUGAGCUUAAUCUCUUUUAUGGAUGGAAGGAGAUUCUACCAGAAUUUGAAUCGGAUCCCAAAUUCCUUCUUGGUGUCGAUGAGAGAGAGAUUGAUAGGCUGGCGCGGGCAGUUGCUGCACUGGAUCCCAAGCGCCCUCAUACAGCAUUUACUGUAUUCCUCACGACCUACAACACCUGGCGAAUGUGCCAAUAUGAGACAGAGCGUGGAACGCUGCUUCUGAGCGAAACUGUACGAAUCACAUUCAUAGAUACUGCUAACUAUUAG